AUGGCUUUCGUAGGAGGGGCAGAGAGUGAAGUUCAAAAAUGGAAAGUUCCUGAGUUGAAAUCGUAUUUACAGAGCCGUGGAAUAACUGUUUCGCAAAAGAGAAAGGAGGAACUAGUAGAAUUGGUGGAGAAGGCUCGCGAUCUUUCACUGGAACCGAUAGACGAUUGGGAGAAACCGGAGGAUGUGAUAGUCAACAAGUUGCAGACGAAAGAAGGUUCGCUCCCCUGUCCUAACACGUUACACUCUGACUGGACUUCCGACUUUUCUGAUUUUCCGAACUUCACAUACGGUGAUAUGUACGCUUACUUAAUCAAUAAGGAGGGUUAUGACCACGAGUCUCUCAAGGCAUAUAAGUCGUUCGAAGGCUACCGCCUGUUCUGGGAUGGCCAUGUGUUAAAAUUGAUGAAGAACAAGAACUUGUUCAAUGGAUACCACUACGUUAAAUUUGGAGUAAAGCCAACGGAACGAGAGAAAACGCAAGUCGGACAGAAACCAACUUACGAUGGAUGGAUAAUAAUUCAGUCAGAUGGAUCAGUUUACACAGCGCAUUGCCCUUGUAUAGGAGGGUGUGUAUUCUGCUGCCUCGGCUAAUAUUUGGCCAUCUUAAAAAUGAAUUUGAUUUAUGUAUGUGUUAAAUGAUAAAUCCAGAUUGAUCUGUUCAACUGACACAAUGUUGAAGUGUUAAUGAAAAUAAUAAUUUGCAGCUUUGCGAAAUUUUGUACUUCGUUUCCAAAUUGUUGAAGACAUCUUUAUACUAUGCCCAAGUGUAUGUGAUCUCUAUGGCUUUCAGAAUAAUUUCCUUUUAUCUAGUAUUCAAAACUUUGACUCUGGUCAUCACAAUAUAUCUGUUGAAACUUUUCUUAAUUCCUAAUUUCUUGAUCAGGGCUGAUGGUGCUUGCCGGCACAUUGGUGCCUCGCUUAUUGACCUUGAAGCUACACUGAGAGAAAAUGUUGUAAUAACUUGCACAGGGAGAAAGUGCACUUGGAAACAACGGAAGAGGACUCAUGAGGGCAUGACAAAAGGAUCAGCCAUGGAUUUUACAAAACCCACACUGAACAAAGAGAAAAAGAAGCGACUAAAACCAAGGUGUGAUACUUAUGACCCCAGAACUUCAUAUGAUACGAAUGUAAAUUUGGCUGAGAAUUUUAGAAAGCUUGUUGCUGAAACUGUUCCUUCAGCUGUAUUACUGCAUCUGUUACCUGACCCAGACACAUGUAAUGGUCAACAUCCUCAACUUGAUUCAGAAAAUGUAAAUGACAUAAGAGAGGAAAAUUCAAUUGUUACUACAUUUACAUUAGAUUCUUUAUCACCAAUGAAACCUUUGCCACCCAGUCUGGAUGAGAUUAAAGAAAGGGCAAGGCAAUAA